GGUGAGCUCCUCCCUGAAUUAAGCCGUCGCUUCCAUUAUUCUCCUGAGCGUCUGGCGGGAGGGCUGGCUGCGCAGGUGCUGCAUGGAUUAGUGUUUGUAUAGUAACACGACAUGUGAAGUGAACAUAUGUGCAACUAAUAUGGGGCCACGUAUAUUGACCCCAGAGGGUCAGACAGGAGGAAAUCCAAACACUUUUCUCUUCAAUUUGGUUGAAUCUUGCCUCGAUACAGUCACCACCUGCUUCUCUCAUUGCGCAGACAAACUGUGCGUCCCCAUCGGUCUCAGCUCUCUAUCUGCGCUGCUUUUACUGCUGUCAUGCUUUCUGCUCGUGUAUCAGAGGUGCACACUUCGGGGAGGGGAUCCGGGAGAAACCAUCAUUUUCCUCUACAGCCUCCUCGGUAACAUGUGCAGCACAAUCGGAGCCAUUCUGUCCAGACAGCUGCACAUUCAGAUUGUGUUGGGGGCAUUUGCUGCUGCUAUGGAUGUAGUCAGUUUUAUUUCUUGCUGCUUGCCUGUGCUCCUGUGCUGGAACUCAAAGGCAGAAAGGAGACUGAGGGUGAUGAGGGGGCGGAGGAGGCAGCACCUCCUUGCAGUGUGUGUACUGAUAGUGGUUGCAGGUGGUUUCGUGAAGGACAUGGUGGCCCACCGCCCAGCAGAUGGGCCUCUCAGCGGGAGGAGACUGCUGCAUGCCACCUUCCAAGACCACACUGAAUUCCUGGGUUACAUACUUGGCCUGCUGUCCUUUGUCAUUGCCUGUACCUCCAGGUUCCCCGCACUCUUCAGAGCAUACAGAGGAGAGGUGUUGACAUGUGCCUACAUGGUCUCUGGACUGAUAUGCUCACUGGCUGAUGCCCUCUAUGCUGCUGCCAUACUCCUGUACAGCACUCGGUUUGAGUUUCUUUUAAAAGUCAUGCCGUGGCUGCUGUCAGCAAUAUGUUGCGUCACCCUGAACCUUCUUAUUCUUGUUAUCCACUGGUGGAAGAAAGGAACCAGAAAUCAGCUUGUAAGUUUCUCUCCAGACACGGAGAGCCUUUUAGGUGACCCGGACAUCCCCACUGAGGAUAAUGCUGUUAUGAAGAGACAAAGAAAACAGCAAGUUCAUUCAUCAGCACGGACAAAAGCAAAACAUAUCCAGAAGAUGACUGAGAUGGGCCGUUACAUGGAUGUCAGUGUUCAACCUGCAGGAAAAAUAUGCCUUAAGAAAGUGACGUUGUCCAAGGAGGAGGUGGAUGACCGGCCUCUCAACAGGACUGUGCGAGUGAUGGGAGUCGACAGUUUCUGCUCCUCAGAUGCAUCGUGUGACUCUUCACCGGUUAGCUCUGAUCUAGAGUGGGAUUUUGAAGCGGCAAAUGCCCAGUGGAGUGAACCAACUGCAAAUAAACAGGAGGGGGAUGAAUUUCCACCUCAAGAGUGGCCAACAAACCCCAAACCCUUUGACAUCUGCGCCUGUGCCAUGUUUGGCAUCCAGCAGAAAACUUUGUCUGGUAGAGAAGAGGAAGAGGUGCAACUUUAGGCAAAUUGACAAACGCAUGUAAUUGUCAAUUUUCUAAUGUGAAACACAUCUGGUGCAUUAAUUUAAGGGAAAAUAAAGAGUGUAAACACUGA